CCAUAAUGGCCCCGUCAAAUUUUUCUCCCAUUUUCACAUGUACUAUAUUUUAUUUUUUCUUGAUUAUUUUAUUAUCAAUACAAACCAAACAAGCCUCUUGUACAUGCUUCGAAUCCAUAAUUGGAUUCGGUGAUUCAAUAGCUGAUACAGGCAACCUGCAGCACCUGCAUCAAUCGGACCCUCCCCUCUUUUUUCAGGUGCCGCCGUACGGUGACACAUUCUUCCAUCGUCCCACCGGAAGAUGCUCCGACGGCCGCCUCAUUAUCGACUUCAUUGCUGAAUAUUUGGGGCUUCCUUUGGUGCCACCGUUUUAUGGCGGGAAGAAUUUGAGCGGCGGAAGUAGCGUGAAUUUUGCGGCGGCGUCGGCGAAUGCGCUGCCGGACUCCUUUUUUAUGAGCAAAGGCAUCAAAGUACCUAAUGCAAAUAUUUCUCUCUCCGAUCAGUUGCGUUGGUUUAAGGAAUUAUUUUUGCCAAAAUUCUAUCGCAAACAUUCAGAGCUUAAGAGAUUUAUGGAGGCAUCAUUGGUGAUAGUUGGAGAGAUAGGAGGCAACGACUAUAAUCACGCUUUACUUGAUGGAAAAAGCAUGGAGUCAGUCAAAAAUUUCGUACCUCAAGUUGUGGGUGCUAUCACUUCAGCAAUCAAUGAACUGAUUAAACAUGGAGCAGUGACACUAAUGGUCCCAGGCAACUUCCCCAUUGGAUGUUUAGCCGCAUAUCUCACACUGUUCAAAAGCUCGAACCAAAAUAAUUACGACCCAAAAACCGGUUGUAUUAAUUGGUUAAACGAGUUUGCUACUCACCACAAUAACCUACUCCAAUCCGAACUUAAGCGUAUCCAAGAGGAGAAUCCCACCACCAAAAUUAUCUACGCGGACUAUUACAAUGUUACAAUGCGGUUCCUUCGCUCCCCAUUGGAAUAUGGGUUUACAAAAGGAGGGCUUGCAACUUGUUGCGGAGGAUGCGGACCAUAUAACAUAGACCCGUUGCUAAGCGGGAAUCAUGUGUGUGAGAAUCCAUCUGAAUAUGUGGGUUGGGAUGGCUUGCACUUGACUGAAGCAGCAUACAGAGCGGUGGCAACAGGUUUGAUCAAAGAAUCUUAUACCAUUCCUCGAAUCAAUUGUUCAUGUGCUUCAUCUUCUUCCAAGUAUGGUGUCGUCGGCCUUUCCGACCAAUGAUCAUAAAAAGGGUGUAAUUUGGCGAGUUGAUUUGAAUAAUGAGAGUGCUCACUAUGUGUGCCCAAAGUGCAACUACUUUAUGUACAUGUAACGACUACUCUCUACACAUGUUUUUAUUAAUUUUCUUAUUUAAUCAGCCAAUUAGCUAGAGAGAAAUUAGCUUUAA